GCUAUCAAUCAAGAGCUGUGAUUUGUGAAAGUAAAUCAAUGUACAGGCCUUUCAGAAAAAAAACCCCAAACUACUCAUAUAUAGUAAGCACGUAUGAGGAGUCUGAAGGUUUGACGUCAUCUUUAGAUAUGCGGUCAAGUUUCCGAACCUUAGCGGAGAGGCGCUAAGUUGCUCCGCAGACCUUACAAGAUCUCAUCAUUACCUAUACCAAGUUUCCGAAUGAGACACAAUAUAGAAGCUCGUAUCGGCUCACUCUUGAUGAGUAGUCCGCACCACAACUCUCAUGGUCACCAUCAAUGCUCGCCUAGCAUAUCCCUACGUUAAGUUAGCAUUCUUCCGCAGAGUGCGUACAGGGUUGUGGAUGCCUACUAGGCGUUUUCACCACAUGGCUUCAUCAUUGCAGAAAUCCGGCGAAGGGCUUUCGCUGCGCGAGCUUUUCAAGUCCAGUGUCUUCACAUCCAAGCUUCCUGCCGACCCUGCGUUUGAAACACCAGAAAUAUCGCAUCGAGCUCCUCGUGAGGCUCUGGGACCGCGCUUAGUAAGAGGUGCGCUUUACACGUUUGUGAGGCCCGAGCCAGCAGAGGAGUAUGAGAUUCUGGGGGUAAGCCCGAAAGCCUUGGAUGAUCUUGGACUCGCAGCUAGUGAAGCAACAACACGAGAAUUCCAUGCCCUGGUUUCCGGAAAUGAAUUUCCAUGGGACCAAUCUAAGGGUGGAAUAUAUCCUUGGGCACAAUGCUAUGGAGGGUGGCAAUUUGGCUCAUGGGCUGGUCAACUAGGGGACGGGCGCGCUAUAAGCCUCUUUGAGAGCACUAAUCCAUACACGAACAUUCGUUAUGAGCUGCAGUUGAAAGGAGCUGGACGGACGCCCUACUCACGCUUCGCUGAUGGCAAAGCUGUGCUUCGGUCGAGCAUCCGAGAAUACAUUGUCUCUGAAGCUCUUUCGGCACUCGGUAUUCCAACGACCCGGGCCUUAGCCAUUACUUUAUUGCCGCGAUCGAAAGUGUUGCGGGAGCACAUUGAACCGGGAGCUGUUGUAACUCGAUUUGCAGAAUCUUGGCUCCGUAUUGGCACUUUUGAUCUAUUGCGUGCACGUGGAGACCGUGACCUGAUUCGAAAGCUGGCGACAUAUGUCGCCGAAGAAGUUUUCCAUGGAUGGGAGACUCUCCCUUCUGUUGCGUACUCAGAUAAUGGUCAAUCCUCGCCUGCCAUGGAUAGCACAUCCGGGAAUAUUUCAAAAAACGAAGUGGAGGAAAAUCAAGGUUUGCAAGAAAACAGGUUCACGAGGCUUUAUCGAGAGAUUGCACGCCGCAACGCUAAGACCGUUGCUGCCUGGCAAGCCUAUGGCUUCAUGAACGGUGUUCUAAAUACGGACAACACCUCGAUUUGCGGCUUGUCGAUGGAUUUUGGCCCUUUUGCAUUUAUGGAUAACUUUGAUCCCCACUACACGCCCAAUCACGAUGAUCACCUACUGAGAUAUUCUUAUAAGAAUCAGCCUAGUAUCAUCUGGUGGAAUCUGGUCAGACUUGGUGAAUCCCUCGGGGAACUUAUGGGGGCAGGAGACCGAGUGGAUCAUGAAGAGUUUGUGAAAGAAGGACUGACUGAGACCUCUGCACCGGCCGUAGUCGAACGUGCCGAAAAACUCAUUGAACAAACAGGCAAGGAAUUCAGGGCUGUAUUCCUGAGUGAAUACAAGCAACUUAUGAGAGGGAGGUUGGGCCUUCAAACGGAGAAAGAGACAGAUUUCCAGGAUUUGUUUUCUGAAAUGCUUGACAUGAUGGAAGCAUUGGAGUUGGAUUUUAACCAUUUUUUCAGGAGACUUUCGAACAUUCCACUCUCAGGUAUCGAGACAUCAGUUCAAAGAACGGAAAUAGCGUCGAUAUUUUUCCAUAAUGAGGGAUUUGACAGUGUCAGCUUAACAGAAGCAGCAGCUAAAGAACGCAUUGCACACUGGCUUGAGAUAUGGAGAACUCGCGUCUUGGAAGACUGGGACACGGACAAUGAUGUAGCGAGGCAAACGUCAAUGAAAUCGGUAAAUCCAAGCGUAUGUUUCUCUUGAGAGUGAGAAGCGAGAUGUUUGGAAUAUUGUGGUUGUCCGCUGACUUGAGUAUCACAUAGUUCCUACCACGUGGCUGGAUACUUGACGAGGUCAUUGACCGCGUGGAGCACAAGGGGGACCGAGAUAUACUUGGACAAGUGAUGCAAAUGGCGCUGAAGCCUUUUGCCGAAGAUUGGGGUCUAGAUAGAGAGGAGGAACGGCGGUUCUGCGGUGAUGUUCCGAAAUUCAAAAGAGCGAUGAUGUGCAGCUGUAGUUCAUGAAAGGGAGUCUUUGUCUCUUGCGAAUGAUCGAUAUUCUAU